AUGUUGAACAAGACUCCCAACUACGAUGCUGAUGUUCUCGUUGUAGGAUCUGGCCCUAUUGGAGCCACAUACGCUAGGAAACUCGUUGAGAAAAAUCUGCGUGUACUUAUGGUGGAAGCGGGUGCCCAGGAAAGCGCAAUUCCUGGAGACCAUAAGAAAAAUGCAAUUGUGUAUCAGAAGGACCUCGACUCAUUUGAUCACGUCAUUAAAGGGAGCUUGCACUUGACCUCAGUCCCAACUGAUAGCAACUUGGCACAGAAUCGGUCCCCAAUCUCUUGGUCAACGGCAAAUCAAGUUGUCAACGGGCAGAACCCCAAGGACGAUGAAGUGACAAAUUUCCCAGCGCAUGCCGUGUCUCGCAAUGUAGGUGGAAUGUCAAUCCUCUGGACUUGUGCGACCCCAGAGCAACAUCCAAAGCUCGAGCGAUCGAAGAUAUUCUCGCCCGCCGAAUGGGAUAGGCUCUACAAAGAAGCCAAAAAGCGCAUUGGCACUAAGACAAACGUUCUCGAGGACUCAAUUCGGCAACAGCUAAUCCUCGAUGUCCUAGGAGACCACUUCCAACAUCGUCAUCCCGCUCCACUACCGCUUGCUGCGAGAAGAAACGACAAGAACAAAGACUUGAUUAUUUGGUCAUCUGCUUCUACAAUACUUGGAGACAUUGCAGAAAAGGGGACAGGUGGAAAUCCGCUUUUCACGCUGUGGUCCCAGCACGUGUGCGAGAAGUUGCAGAUCAACGAAGUUUCUGGAGAGGUGGCCCACGCGGAGGUGAAGAACCUUGCAACAGAUGAGCUGAAAAUUAUACGAGCAAAGAAGUAUGUGAUUUGUGGGGGGGCAGUACUCACACCGCAGUUACUCCACGCGUCUGGCUUCAGAUCUGAAAGAACGGCCACUGAUGAAUCUGAGUGUUUUCGUCUUCCUGCACUGGGCCAUUACUUGACAGAACACUCGAUGUGUUUCUGCCAAGUCGUUCUUAAAAAGACGUUGGUUGACCGAGUGAAGACCGAUCCGAGGUAUGGAUGGAAAGAAAAGAUGGCAAAGCAUCGGAAGAAGUUUGGUGAAGAUUCUUUGUCAUUGCCUUUCGAUGACCCGGACCCCCAGAUCACGAUCCCUGUGCACGAUCUCCAUCCAUGGCACAUCCAGAUUCACCGGGAUGUGUUCGCUCACGGUGCAGUUCCACCAGCUAUUGAUAAGCGCACUAUUGUCGACCUUCGAUUUUUCGGGCUCAUGGAGCCUCGAGAGAGCAAUUACGUUACGUUCGACAAAGAUAUUAAGGAUGCAUACGGUAUGCCGCAGCCUACUUUCCAUUUCAAGCUCUCAGACGAGGACAGGAAGAUUUCGCAUGACAUGAUGAGAGACAUGCAAGAUGUGGCAGCUGUGCUUGGGGGUUACCUCCCUGGUUCCGAGCCACGGUUCCUGCCUCCUGGUGCAGCUAUCCACACAUGCGGAACUACGCGCGCAGGAAAGAAGAAGGACGACUCGUGCUGCGACGAAUUCUCCCGAGUCUGGGGAAUGAAAAACCUUUACGUUGGGGGUCUAAAUGUCAUUCCUGGCGCGACUGCUUCCAACCCGACCCUGACCGCGAUGUGCUUUGCCAUUAAAGGAGCGGAACAUAUCAUUGCUACAACGACGCAUAAGUCGGCUAGACUUUAG